AUAUGCUCGCUCCAGACAUUGUUGGAAAGCCGAGCACUAGACCAACGAUACGCACUGUCAAUUGAUCGCUGUUUCAACUAGGAAUCCUUGCAUGGAGUGCAGUCAAUUGCUAUCUUCGUCUCCCUAUACUUCCUGAGGGACUGGAGGUUCCCCUCUUGUCCGCUACUUGAAUGCUUGUUUUGGCUAGGGAGACAUCAUAACGAGCAAUCAUGUCUGAGUAUAUAACUCAGGUUUGCAUGGAAUGUGUGCAGGUGCUGAGCACCGUUCCACCUUCUGUACUGCUUCUCUCACUGGCCGCUGGUGCCGUUGGGGUUGUUGCUCUUGCAUACAUCCUCCUCUUUGCUGUUGCGUUCAGACCUCGACCGCCGUUCCCCGAAGAAAAGACUUAUCGUACCUUGGCGGAAGAUGGCACCCCGACCCAACCCCAACGAUUACCAUGCUGGCAGGAUAGUUGGGAACAUCAGCGCCAGAAUAUAUCGGACAAACAUGCUGUUUUAGAUAUAGAGAAGCCAGAACUGUUCAUGUCGGUCGUAGUUCCCGCUUAUAACGAAGAAGAGCGUUUGGUCGGAAUGUUAGAGGAGACGGUGGAAUAUUUAGAACACGCGUACGGCACUUUAGCCGGACAAGCUAACGAGCAAGCGAAAGUGGGAAAGAGCAAGAACGAUAGUGUACGACAACGCAAGAUCGGCAAUGGACAGGUCUCGGAUAAUGAUUUGUCGAAGGGAUGGGAGAUCCUUCUUGUUUCGGACGGUUCUACAGACAGAACUGAAGAGGUUGCAUUUGAGUUCGCCCGGGAUCAUCAACUGUCUUUACAUCCUCGAGCUCAUACCGGGCCUUGGUCACCGGACGAACACGAAGGAGUACAUAUACCUCCUGGGAGCAUACGAAUUGUCACCUUGACUCAAAAUCGGGGUAAAGGCGGUGCGGUUACACAUGGGAUGCGACACGUUAGAGGGAAAUAUGUUGUUUUUGCAGACGCUGAUGGUGCUAGCAAAUUCUCAGAUCUCGGGAAACUGGUGAGUGCUUGUCAGGAGGCUGAGGACUCCGAAGGAAGAGCGGUAGCUGUUGGUUCGCGAGCGCACAUGGUCGGCAGCGAGGCCGUAGUGAAGCGCUCCAAGCUCCGCAACUUCUUGAUGCAUUCCUUCCAUCUCAUACUCUGGCUCUUAACUCCCCCCGCCACUGCAAAAGUAAAAGAUACCCAAUGCGGCUUCAAGCUGUUUUCGCGCGCCUCACUCCCCUACAUCGUUCCGUACAUGCACUCCGAAGGCUGGAUCUUCGAUGUUGAAAUGUUGAUGUUGGCCGAGUUUGCGGGGAUCCCUGUGGCCGAAGUAGCCGUGGGUUGGCGUGAAGUCAAAGGAAGCAAGUUGAAUGUUAUCUGGGAUAGUAUCGGCAUGGCUUGGGGGUUGUUUGUAUUGCGGGCAGCAUGGGGGAUGCGAGUUUAUCGAAGGACAUGAUACUUUCCAGGGUGUUGUAACUGUACAUAGAUCUAUUAUACCAUCUGAGGAUGUAGGAGAAGUUGAUACUCGAAAGGUGACUGACUCGGUGACACUAAACCGUUCCUGGCAGCAAUACUUCCAGCCAAUCACAAGCGCAGCCGUUAUAUAACCACGCCAAAAAGCAAAUUAAGAAAGAUCUGACC